AUAUAUACUUUCAAAGUUCUUUUUUUCAUCAUUAUUUCAUUUAAAUAUUCAAAAAUCAAUCUUUUUUAAUCUACUGUUAUUUAAUUUCCUGCUAAUUUAUCUUCAUUAAAUCUGCCCUCAUCAUUCUCUUUUUCUCUCACUCCUUUACACACUCUCUAUCUUUCUCUUUAUCUCUUUCUUUCUCACUUUCUCUCUUGUCCACUUAAUUUUUGCUUCUGAACAUAAACUUACUCACAAACUUAGACGCAAUCUCAUAACAAUCACAACGUUCUCGGUGGUCAUAUCGCGCGCUUUAUCGUCGCCAUUUCUCUGGACCCUUCAAUGCAUAUAAUACAAAAGUCGGAAGAAAAGAUUAUUAAGUAAAUAAAACAAAAGUCCUCAUCGUCAAGAGUAUCGAUCGCGCAAGUCAAACGUGUUAAACCAAAAGAAAAAAAAAAACAACAAAAAAAACAUAACAAUGUAAAAAAGUAAAAAUUGAACGAUUAAUUAAGGAAAAAUAAUGAAUAAUAAAUAAAAGCUCAUAGUGUUUUGUUUAACCAUUGAAAACGCAAGUCCAACGUCGUCUUGGUCGUCUUGUGAUCGUCGUCCUCGACGUCGCCGUCAGCAUCGUCGUAGCUGCAUCCUCUUCUUCGUCAUCGAGUCGACAACCUGUUAUCCCUGCGUGGCGGCGGCCCCGCCGCUCUCUUGUCAUGGAGAAUCACGAGUACAGUGGAUAUGGCGACGAGCCCCGUCGCAAAAGGGAGGACAAUAACAAACCAAACCACGUUUUACUAUUUACAAUAAUCAAUCCAGUCUAUCCAAUCACCGUUGAAGUAUUACACACGAUUAGUGCACCCAGUGGCCAGGUACAACGUAUUGUUAUCUUCAAGAAAAAUGGCGUACAAGCUAUGGUCGAGUUUGACUCAGUCGAGUCAGCGACACGAGCGAAAGAGACCCUCCAUGGUGCGGACAUUUACUCGGGCUGUUGCACAUUGAAGAUUGACUUUGCAAAGCCUACGAAGUUGAACGUAUACAAGAACGAUACUGAGAGCUGGGAUUAUACGACACCAACCCUUGGUUCAGGAGCUCACAAAAAUGAAUCAAAUGCUAACGGAAGACCAGCUCCACUUCUUGCUGAACCAAGAUAUGGAGCAGCACCACAGCCAUAUGGCUCGACGCCACAAGUGGCAUUUCCACCCGGUCACGACCGCUAUGAAGAAGGUUUCAAUGGCCCAACGACGUACGCGGAGCCUUAUGUUGAGAGGUAUGGAUUAAAGAGUGAGUUCAGUGGCCGAGAGCCACUUCAUCCGUCUCCUGCAAGGCCUGGAUAUGUUCCCAGUCUUGGACAAACGCCACCGACGAGUACUCAGGGCUCAGUUAUGAUGGUCUACGGUUUACAAGCUGACAAAGUCAAUACAGACAAGCUCUUCAAUCUCUUUUGCCUCUAUGGCAAUGUUACAAAGGUAAAAUUUUUAAAGACAAAAGAAGGCUGUGCUAUGAUUCAAAUGGGAGAUAGUAUUGCUGUUGAGCGAUGCUUGCAAAAUUUAAAUAAUGUCACAAUUGGCUCAGACAGUAAACUUCAACUUGGCUUCUCUAAACAAGCUUUUCUAGCUGACGUAACCAAUCCUUAUGUUCUUCCUGAUAAAACGGCGAGUUUUAAGGACUUUACUGGAAGCAAAAAUAAUAGGUUCCUAAAUCCAGCAAUGGCCAAUAAAAAUAGAAUACAGCCUCCAUCAAAAAUUGUUCAUUUCUUCAAUACACCUCCUGAUCUUACUGAGGAAACAGUAAAUAGAGUGUUUGUUGAACGUGGAAUUGAAGCGCCUGUUACUGUGAAAUUAUUCCCAUUGAAGUCUGAACGAUCGUCCUCGGGUCUUAUUGAAUUCAGCAGCGUCGGAGUUGCAGUCGCUGCGAUAAUGGAGUGCAACCAUACCGCCCUUGAGAAUAGCAACGGCAAGUUUCCUUACAUAAUGAAACUCUGCUUCUCAUCAUCCCGUACAAUACCGACAAAUUUCCCACCGGGAAGUACGAGUGUGAAUACGUCGAGCAAUUCACCCGGUAACGGUCACGCGAAAAUGCAACAAGACUCGGAAUAGAACGGCGAGCUCCAGGGCCAGCAUGAGUAUCAGCAAUGUCAGCAAUCGCAGCCGCAGCAACAUCAGCAAAAUCGACAGCACAAUCAUCUUUACCAUCGUCAUCGUCUCUCUCAAGGUCAGGCCCAGGGUCAAUAUGGCCUACAUGAAUUAUGCGUCACGGUAGGAACAACUGUUCAUCCUACACCAGCGGCCAUAGCUUUAUCGCCGGUUUUACCUCCUCCACUCCCACCUUCCUGUCAUCUUCUUAUCACGACACCAAGUAUCUAUUCAGGCGUUCAGAGGGUGGCACAUCAACCACCACCUCCGCCGCCACCACCUGCUCCAUCAGUGCCUCCCCUUCCAACCCCUGCGGCAUUAACAGCACCACAACCACCUCCAACACUUCCUCCAUUACCAUCACAGCCGCUUGCCGCAUUCUGGCCCUACGGAUAAAAGAGUAUCACGAUUUCUACUUUUCUGCUGACAAAGAAAAAUAGAUGAGAAGAAGAAGGAGAAAAAAAAGAUUAACAAGGCUGGACCAAAAAACUCCAGAUGUAGACAUGCCUAGAGGUCCCUCUCCCGUUUUUUGAUUAACUAGUAGGCCGUGGUUCGGAUUUCCUUGUUUUGCCUCUUCAUAAUUGAACCGAUUUAUCGAUAAUCAACGUCGUGAUAGCUUGCCACACAUGUUUUAUUGCUUUUUUCUCAUACAUAUCAAGUGGCAAUUAAUUGAUAUUGAAACAACGAAUGUUUGACUUUUCUUACGUUCGAAAGAUAUCUCUUACUUCAGGCGAGCAAUAUGAAAUCGCGAACCAUGUGCUGUUAAAAUACUACUGCCGAGUUUUCACCCGCUUAAAUCAGGAUCCAUUACUGUUUUAAAACAUACCAGAAACUAAUAAAUCAUAUUUUGUCGAGCAUCGUUUUGGAUAUUGAUUUAAUCGGGGAAACUGGAUUUAGACGAUGAUUAUGCGACUUUAAGCGACGUAUUUUUGGAGCAACCUCUAGUUCUCAAUUUAUGCACGAUUUCCAACGAGAAUUGCCGCUGAUUUUAAUAUUUUUUCUCUUUCUUUUUUAUUUAGAUUAUUAUUAUAGAAUAUAAAUAAAUUCUGAUGUCAUUUAAAAUUUUAAAGUAGGAACAAAUUUUAACGGAAAAAUUAAAUUAAUAUAAAUAAUGCGGCAAAAUUUGUUGCGAAUCUUUUAUCAAUUCAAACAACUUCUUGACUGCUAAUAUUUAAGAACAAUAAAAAUUAUCUAUCACUCCCUGCUCUAUCAAUGAGCUGUAGUGUUCAGAUUUCUGAUCGACUUUGAAAUAAAAAAUAAUUAUUAUACAAAAAUUAAGUAAAAUAGUAAAAAAAAAAAAGUAAAAUUAAUUUUAAAAAAUUAAUCAUGCACUUGAUGCUAAAAUUCUUAUUCGAUUUAUCGAAUCACGGACUGUGAAUUGAAUUUUAUAUAUAACACAAUAUAUGACCUUGACAACAGUAUAUUAGUAUUCCUUGGCAAUAUUUUAUCGGGUCAAGGAAUGUUUUUAUAAAAAGAAAAAUAAAAAAGGUUUUAGAUCUCUCAGAAAUUUUUCCAAGAGAACCAAAUCGACUUACCGCUACAAUUAUCCUUCUAAAUUACACUGCAACUGCUAUGAGUAAAGUAAAAAGUAAUGUAGAAACAAUAACGGCCAUGCAGAAUUAAUUGUAUAAAGUAAUAGGAAAAAGGGCAUUGUAAGAAAAACCCUUAAUGUAGAAAAAGUCGUCGGCACUGCGUCCACUGAUCGUGAAAGAGAUGAAGAAUGACUGUAAGUGAUAAAGCAUAGUGAGAAAGUGGAAUUUAAAUUAAGAAAUUAAUUUAUAUGACAAGCAAAAUUGUUUAAAUAAAAAAAUACAAAGAAUAUUGAUGACUAUUUGAUUGUAUUUUUUUUAAAACAAAAUUUGCUUGAAAAAAUACUAAAUAGGGAUGUAUCGAUUUUUCUCUGUUAAACAAGGAUUUAAUCGGUACUUUGUAAACAAAAAAGAAUGAAUUGUGGCCUGGAUCUGAUUGUAUAUAGGCAGCUUCAACGACGAUUUGAGAUAAAAAAAAAAAAAGGAAUUGUUUUGAAAAGUGCUUAAAAGUAGCCUAAAAUAAUAAAAAGUAAAAUAAUGGAUAAAUUUAGAAAAUUAACGUCGUCCUAUGGACGUCUACAUGUGCUUCAUGUAUUCCUAUUUAUAAAGAAGUAAUAAUUACAUUACUUUUUAAAUUGAAUUGUACAUUAGAAUUUUUUUUUUUUGUUUUUUAAAAAAUUAGGUUUUGAGAAAUUUUUGAAUUUAUUGCGACAUCACAUUCGUAAUAUCAAGUCAUAUCAGAGGUUAGUGUAGCAAGUGAUUUUAAAAAAAAAAAAAAGAAAAGAGAAAAAAAAUUAUUCAUAAUAGAAACUCAGUGGAUUUUUGACAAAAAAAAAAUUAAGAGUAAAAUAAAAAUAAAUGAAUAAAUUAGAUGACGAGAAUAAUGUCAUAUCGUAAUUAAUAAUAAUAAUUAAUAAUUGUAGAUGUACGUAUAAUUAGGAGUUUUUGAAUUCAAUCAAGAGAGUAUCGUAUCAUAUUUGAAAUAAUUCUAUUAAUCUAUUAAUUUAGUAUUUAAUUAAUUUAUUAUGUAACGUACACUCUACAAUUAUGUUUUAUCUAUUUAUUCAAUUUUUUUUUUUCAAAGUUUCUUUUAGGUACAUGAUUGUUGAUUUAUUUACUUUCUUUUUUCUUUUCGAAUUUUUAUUCAUAUUUUGAUGAAUAGAAAUAUCGUUUGGAUACGGCUGUGAGAAAUAUACUUUGGCGAGAGUAAUAAUUUUUGGAAUGUUAUUCAAUUUUACAAUUCACUCGACAAUAUAUCAUUAAUCAUGCAAUUAAUCAGUUGCAAAUAUUUUAUAAACAUUUUUUAAAUAAUUAUCAUAAUAUAAUGGAAAGUUUUUAGCAACUGAUCGAAUUGAUUUAUCAUCUGGACUAUAUUUAAUAAUAACAAAAAAAAAUCUACAUAGUUAUUACACUAUUUUCAAUUGAAUGUAUCGAAUAAUUUUUUUUUUCUAUCUAUAUUAAACUCUGACACUGAAAAAAAAAGUUAUUGUGACGCUUUAUAAUAACUAUACAGUUAAAACGAUGCCCUCGUGAUUAAAGUCACGCUCCAAAGCGAUAUGUAAAAAAAACAAAAAAGAAUAAAUUAAAUAGUCGCCGUCUUUUAUUAAUGCGUCGAGUUUUCAAUAAAAAAAUCAUUUUAAAAAUUGAAAAAAAAUUUUACAAUAAUUUGCGAAUUUUUUUAUUAACAUAAAUACAUAAAUAAGUAAAAAAAAUACAACAAACAACAACAAUAUAUCUGCACACCAGACUGUCGCUUAUUUUCUGAUACAUCACUUGUACAUUAAGUAUUACAAAUUUAAAUAAAUAAUAUUGUAAACAAUUUAGUGUAUAUUACAACGAACGCUCACUUGUAUUGAGCUAAUGACUUGUCUAAAAAUGCAAAAAAAAACACACAAAUAAUAGAGAAAACUUUAAUCACAUUAAAUAGAUUGAUGUAAAGAUACUCAGCAGACAGUGCGUUGCAUCUCCUAACAGUCAACAGAAAUUUAUUAAAAAUUUCAUAAAAUGGUUCGUCUCUUGACGGAGCAUUGAAUUUGCAUUUGCUCUCCUUAUCAAGUUGUAUAACAGUUAACUAUCAAUAUAAUUAUUUAAUAAAACAAAAAAGACAAAGUAAAAAGUAAUAAGAGUUGAGAUUAUAUUUUAUUCUUGGCUCGAUUAAGAGCGUGUGAAUUCAAUGACGCUACAUAAUACUUAUGAAGACUAUACCAUACACCGGUAGAGAAUGCGAAUAUACAUGGAUUAAUUUGCAAAUACUUAUUUUAUUAUUUUACUACUCAAUUAGUUUAUUUUAACGUUGAUUGUUUAGCCUUGACACUGAGAGAAUAUUCAUCAUUCAGACUAAUUAUUAUUUCAAUUUUACAAACAAUAAAUUUUAUUUUUAAUGAAUUCAUUUGUUUUUUAUACUCAAAUCAACAAAACCAUUGUUGUUUGUAAAUUUGAUCAAUUGAUUAAUAUAAUAUAUACAUAAAAAAAAAAAACAAUCAAAUUCUCUCAGUGAAAUUUGACCAUUUAUCGUUUCAAUUUUCGUGCCAGUUACAUGCAGUAUUAAAUAAUUAUCUUCCGGUGAAUGGGAUACCCGAUGUACAAAAUCAAAUUUUAAAUGUAUUUAAUAACAAUCCAUUAUGACAUAAUAUUGAAUGUCAUUGAUAUAAAUAAACAAAACAAAAAAUAAAAUAUAACAAAUGAUAAUAAAUAUUAAAAUAAUAAAUAAUCACAGGCGAUUAUCAAUUGUAAUAAAAUUCGAAUAUAUAUAUAUAUAUAUAUAUAUCAUCACACGCCUGUAAAUUGCAUCAAGGUUGUAAGAAAGAAUUUUAACUGUGUCGAUAAUUAUUCUAAAAAAAUUGUGCGCGAAAGUUUGAUUUUGUGUUUGAAAAAGAAAAAAAAUAAGCAAAAACAUCAACUAAUGCAUAUCCCAUCUGUAUGUAUAUAUCUGAAAACGCAUGGUACACUUUUAUUGAAUGAUAUUGUAGUUAAAUAUUAUUUAUAAUUCCAAUUUUUUUAAAAAAUUGGAAUAAUAUAAAUUAAAAUGGAUAAUUGAGUGGACAUUGCGUCUUGAAAACAAAAAAAAUAAUGGUAUUAGAAUUAAUGUCUAUUGUUAGCAGAUAGAAGAUAGAAAACAUAUCGCUAUUAUCAUUAUUCAUUAUUACUAUUAUUGUUAUGUAUUAUCAUCAUUAUACAUCAUUAUUCAUCAGCAUCAUUAUUGGUUAAUGCUAACGUUAAAUUUAUUCAUUAAUUAUUACAUUAUUACAUUACUAUUAUUAUCUUACAUUUUGUUAUUAUAAUUAUCAUUACUUUUGCUAAAGUGCAAUACUGCCGGACACGUAACGAUUUCUCUCGCAGUCCAGUUUCUUUUUUAUUUAAAUAUAUUAAAUCAUUUUUUUUAUAUGAUCUUCUUGGCAUGAUGAAAGUUCUUUAUAAUUAUUCGAAGAGUAAUAAAUAAUUAGCUAUGCAGUUUUUUAUUAAUCUUUUUUAGUAAAACUUUUUGUAAAGGACAAUAUUUCAACAAUAUACCCUUUACAUAUAGAGAAUUGUAGUUAAAUGAAAUAACAAAAAAAUUAUAAAUAAAUAAGAAAAUUAGCGAGAGAAAACGAAACGCAAUAAGCCUUUAGCGAAGCUAAGUAUUACCGGUGACAUACCUGCCCCUCCCACAUAUCAGGUUUUAGAUCCAGAUUAUCUUCUGUCAUAUCAAUGUUUGUAGAUUUAGUUCACUGACUAUCAGUGAUGUUAGAUGACCUCGUCCUUAGAACUACGGAGAGAAAAAAAACAAAUUUGAGUAUUGACAUUUCUCUCCAAAGUCUGUUUAUACCCGUCCCUGAAGUCCUGUAUCCUUUCCUUAAUAAUCUAGACCUUAUGGUCUUUGCUCUGUCUUCCCAUCGCUGCGUCAAAAGACAAACUAGAUGUAACAAGAUUUAUUGAUUAUAUAUAUUAUAUAAAUAUAAAUAUAAAUAUAUAUAUUAUAUAUAUGCCAUUAUUAUUAAUUAUUAUACAUACUAAUUAAUUAAUUAAUUAUGUGAUUGAUUAUAUUACACAUGAAUUUGGGACUGUGUCAUAACGGGCCAAAAGUUAAUAAGAUUUAUUUAUUUGAUAAAUAUAUAGAAUGUCUGAACUUUAUGAAAGAGUAAAAAACAAAAAGACAUUCAUGUAAAUUAAUAAUCCGGUGAUUUACGGCUUUUACUGCCGAGAUAUUGCCCGUUAUGUCGCGGUACGUUGCGUAUAAAUUUAAAUUUAAAUGUAUUUUAAUGCUAUAGUAUAGAGGUAUAUUUAGUACAAUAAUAUAAUGAUAUACAUAAAUAAAAACUCAAUCAUCACACUAAAAUAAAACAAAAUUAACUAGGACUCAGUUGUCGACAUCAUGAUCAUUUUUUGCAGUAAUUUUAUGUUAAAGAGAAUAUACACUAUUUGACUUUUUUGUUCUUCAUAAUUGUCAUACACCUCUUUUUUUUCGCCAACGAGCUAUUCAUCUUUGAAGAGACAAUUACUCAGCUCACUUUAUACGCUAAUAACAAGUGAAUGAACUAUCGUGAAAAGGUUUAAAAGAACACACAAAUGAAAAGCUAUGUCUGCUCUUUUUUGUAUUCAACCACUUUUUUUUUCUGUGAGUUUGAUAGAGAAGAUGUCAAUAAUCCAAUUUUUCUCCUGCAAAAGCUUUUAUGAUUAUUUCGUCACAAGUUAUGAGCUUUUGAAGUGAGCAAAAAAUUUAUCUAUUUUCAAGAAAUAUUUUCGCAAUCUCUAAAAUGAAAAAAAAAAGAACAAAAAAAUAGAAGGUACUAAAAUGAUAGAUGAAAAUACAAAUAAAAUUCGUAAUAACUAAUAUAAUGUUUUGUAAGAAAAUAGAAUUUGGUCGAUUACUGAGUUUUUUCAAUUAAAGUAAAUAAAUUUAUAUAUAUAUAUAUAAUUACAUAACACAUGCGCUCAGAGACUCUUCACUAUCACUUACAUAUAUUUCGCGCGAUGCAUAAUAUUUUUAACUUAACGUGUAAACGUAAAUAAAUAAUGUGUGUGGAUGUAUGUACAUUGAUAAAUGACUUCAUUAAAAUUUAAAUAGUAUGAGCAUUAAUCAAUGUAUAUACGUACGUUGCAUUGUACUGUAUGUCGUACGCUCUAAUGUUGUUUAAAGAGUUAUUUGCGAGUCAAUUAUCUGUGCCUAGCAGCCCUGAGCACCCUACCAAGUGUACCACUGUCUAGAUGAAAAUCUAAGUAUACAAAGGAUUUAAAAAAUAAUAAUAAUGAUAACAAUAAUAAUAAUUAAAAUAAUAAUGAUAAUAUUAUUAUUAUUAAUAAUAAAUGAAUUAAUAAAAUA